GCGGAAGGAUAUUGGAGGGCGGUAUAGCUUUUAAUAGGGCAGCCGUCAGUCAGGCCCCAUUUUGCCUUCCGAACAGCAACAAAUAAUCGCUAUUCCAAGACGUCGGUAAUUGUUUGCCGAAAUGGCAGUGUGAAAGUGUGCAGCGACCCAGCAGCAGCCAACAAAACAGUGCAUCCAACCAGUGCACUGACUUACAUCUAAUUCAGCGAAAAUGUCGUCCCACGUGGAAACCCUCAGCACUGCUGCACGCGACAGCAAGAAAGAAUUUGGCACCCUCAGAACGUUGUCACGUACUCUUCUUGUGACCAACAACAGCCACUAUGACCAUGAUGAUGACAAACUCACUGUUUGGCCUGGAAGACAUGGAGGACCUUCUUUGGGGGCCUUCCUCUCCCAUGGCUGACGCCGUGGGCUCCGUUGCAUUUCACCCUGAGCAAGAGGACCAUCGCAAGGGAGGACAACCCUCAGUGGAUGGAAUCGCAGCAUCAGUGUCACCAUUCAACUCCUCAUUUUUAUCAUCUUCUUCCUCUCCUCCUCCUUUCUAUUCUCCCCGUCAUUCACCGCCGACCGUCCUCCAGGAGAAAACUGGGAUUUCAUCUGACCCGUUCCCUUUCCCCUUUUCGGUCCAAACUGGGCAGUUGAGAGAUUUUGAGGCGGUCUCAGCUGACGGCAAAGAUGUGUUUGACCAGGACUGGUUGGCAGAACGGGUGUAUCUCAACAGCUUCGACCUGGAUUCUCUGAUAGGCCCCUGCAGUCCUACUCAGGAAUCUCCCAGCGAUCCAGUUGACCUUCUCGCCUCCCUUGAUUGCCCGAUUGAGCUCGACUCCCUCCCAAUCCACACUAUUUCAAGUCUUGCUCCUCCGCCACCAAAUAUUCCUCUCUCCUCCUCAGUUGGCUCCGAGCCAGUUGUCAUCUCAGCCGAGCCGGCAUCUCACGACGACGCGUGUGGUGUUCUCUCCCCUUCCUCAUCUAUCCCAGAACCCCAAGAGGAGUUUGAAAUAAAAUCAGAACCAGCCUCAACUGAUUCUUCAAUUUGUUCAUCCCCAAGCGACGACUCCCCCUCUUCCCCUGCCUUUACCCUGGACCUCGGGAGUGAAGUGGACGUUCACAUGGAUGAGGUGAAGCCAGUGGCAGCGACAGCGGUCCCUCAGGUCCAAAGGGUUGUGCUCUCCCUUUCACCAACCCGAAUCGUCCUUGUGCUGGCUCCCAAAGAUGAUGGGAGGCAGCCCUCCACCAUAUCCAUUCGGUCUAAUGUUACUCAUUCCUCCCCCCCAGCCUCUCCUCCAACCAGGUCCUCCAGAUCCCGACCGUACCCUGAUCCCAGACCAAAAGAUAAUCCCCACUUGCCUAAGGCAAUCCCAGGUGCGGAUGAAAGAGAAACUUUGAAGGCACCAAAGAACAAGAAAUUAAAGAAGAUGGAGCAGAAUAAGACGGCCGCCACUCGUUACCGGCAGAAAAAAAGAGCAGAGCAGGAUGCCCUGUCGACGGAGCACUCGGUGCUGGAGAGGAAGAAUGUGGAGCUGAAAGAAAAGGCUGAAUCGAUGGCGCGAGAAAUUCAGUACCUCAAAGAGCUCAUGGAGGAAGUCCGUCUGGCAAGGUUGAAAAGCGGACAUUGAGCGCUGACGGGAAGUGUAAGCUGGCAUUUGAGCAGUCGUGCUCACCACGUUUCUUUUCAGAUUCCAUGUAUGUGAUUUUAUGCACUUAUUCUGUUUCUAAUUACAGCACACGCUGAGUUUCUCACAUUAAAAUAUAUUCCAAGAGUAGCUUACAGUCCAGUUGAUAAGUAACGUUCUGUUUUUUGUUAUCUUCUCUGGGCCUCAGUUGUAUUUAGUUGGUCCUUUUUAAGAUGGUUUGGAUGUAUUAAGAUGCCUUUUAACCUAUUUAAAGUAUGUAUUAUCCAUCUGUAUUGAGAAUUUAAAAUAAAGUUUGAAAAAUUUG